UACUACUAGACGUGCCUUGAUUAAAUUGUCCAAAUGUCCAACACGUAAUACAAACUAUGAUUGGGUAAAAACUACUUAUAGUACUACUAGACAUGCUUUGAUCAAAAUGUCCGGAUGUCCAACACAUAACACAAACUAUGAUUGGGUAGAAACUACUUAUGACACUGCUACAAACGAAAAACCAGCAGCAUACUCUCUUUCUCCAAGAUAUACAUUGGCUUUUGACAAU